UUACAAUGAAUGUUUUAUAAGGUAGUUAGGAAAUACAAGAUUAACGUCAUUCAGGCAGACUGCUGUCCGCGGGUGUGAAGGCUCAUGGCUGCUCCUCGGAGAGUGAAGGAGGCUGCUGGCUGCCUGCUGCUGCUCGCUGUGCUCACCUGCAGCCUCAGGUGUGGAGAAUGCCUCAAAAGCAGCAACAUUGUCCUCAUCCUCACCGACGACCUGGACGUGGACCUUGGUGGGCUGACGCCUAUGAAGAAGACCAAAGCUCUCAUUGGUGAUGUUGGUGUCACUUUCUCUAAUGCGUACACAGCGACGCCCCUGUGCUGUCCCAGUCGGAGCAGCAUCCUCUCAGGGAAAUAUCCACACAACCACAUGGUCCGAAACAACUCCCUGUCAGGCAACUGCAGCAGCAAAGCCUGGCAGACUGGGCCUGAGAGCCAAGCCUUCCCCAUCUACCUCAGCAAGAAACUUUAUCAGACCUUCUAUGGAGGGAAGUACCUAAAUCAGUAUGGGUCGAAGGAGGCUGGAGGUGUGACGUACGUUCCUCCUGGCUGGGACCAGUGGCAUGCUCUGGUAGGGAACUCCCAGUACUACAACUAUACCCUCUCUGUGAAUGGAAAAGCAGAGGUUCAUGGAGACAACUACGAAAAGGACUACCUCACAGACCUUAUUCUGAACAGGUCGCUGGCCUUUCUGGACGAGCGAAGCCCCCAGCAUCCCUUCUUUAUAAUGCUGUGUCCUCCGGCCCCUCACUCCCCCUGGACUGCAGCCCCUCAGUACCAGAAGAGCUUUGGUGAUGUAAAGGCUCCACGUGACGGCAGCUUUAACAAACCUGGCAAGGGCAAGCAUUGGUUGCUGCGUCAGCCUCCGAACCCUAUGGCAAACAGCUCCAUCGACUAUCUCGACGACGCUUUCCGUAAAAGGUGGCAAACUCUUCUGUCUGUGGAUGACAUGGUGGAGAGGCUGGUGAAGAAACUGGAAGACAUAAAAGAGCUGAACAACACCUACAUUUUUUUUACGUCUGACAAUGGCUACCACACAGGUCAGUUCUCCCUCCCUAUCGACAAAAGGCAGCUGUAUGAGUUUGACAUCCGUGUACCGCUUUUGGUCCGAGGGCCCGGCAUCCAGCCCAAACAAACUCUGCAGAACGCAGUGAUGAAUAUCGAUCUGCCAAUGACCAUUCUGGACAUUGCUGGAGUCAACGUCUCUACCUUGAAUAUGGAUGGGCAGUCUUUUCUACCACAGCUUGUCCCGCCAGCGCGUAACGGCACUUCUCGUCCUUACUUCUUGGUGGAGUACACCGGUGAGGGUCACUUGCCUGCAGAUCCUUACUGCCCCAAACUCGGCCCAGGAUUGGCUAAUUGCUUCCCAGACUGCGUUUGUGAGGAUGCUUUUAACAAUACAUAUGCCUGUGUUAGAACCUUCAAGGACUACAAUUUGCAGUAUUGUGAGUUUGCUGACAAUGAGGCGUUUGUGGAGGUCUACAACUUGACAGCUGACCCUCACCAGCUGGAGAACAUUGUGAAGAAGGUGGACCCUACUCUCCUGCAGACCAUGAACCAAAGGCUCAUCAAGCUUCAGUCUUGUGAGGGAAAGAGUUGUCGAGACCUCAAGUAAUGUCUAUAAACCAGUGUGCAGUGCAGGAACACCCAAACUUCUGUUCAAGCCAAAGUGUGAGAGUCUCUCAUGUUAAACUGACUCCAGUAUGCAUUCUUAAACAACUUUAUCAACUUCAGUGGCCAAAUUUUAUAAAUCACAACACAGAAACUGGCCAAGACGUGUUUACAAACAGCCUUUGCUGCUAUACUUCACUUCAAAUAGAUUUACUUGUGACUUUAGGAAACUUUGGCCAUUUAUUACUCAUGUUGUAAUUGAACUGAGUCAAUGGCUACAUAAUAGUUUUAAACUACUAACAUGUUCACACAUGUAGUCAGAGACAUUAUAUGUACUUAAAACGAUUCAUUCCCGUUUUCUAUAUAUUAUCUCCUAAAAAGGGUUUUACAGUUAAGUCAGGAUGGUUCUAAGAGGUCUGAAUUGUGUGCUGGGUUUGUUAUUAAAAAUUACACUUGAACUGCCCUCAAAUAAUCGUGUUGAAAGAAAACUGUGCAGAUUUUUCAACAUUUUCUGCAUAAUUCGGUCGUUAAAGCUGCACUAUGUAAGAAGAAAAACAACAGGCUAAAAUGUGGUGUGCAUGCGCUGCUGGGAAUCGUUCUGUAAAGCCAGAAAUAAUCAUUCAAAAGGCAGAAGCUUGAAGUUUAGGACUCAGAAUUAACAUUAGUCUGAUGAAGAUAUGAUAACAAUAGCAGAUAAUUCACUUCAAUCAUCCGAUUCAUCUGCUCAGGAAAGAGUCUGUAGCAUAAUCCAUAUCACAAGUCAUUCCGAGUGGUUUGAAAUGCUCCAUUCCGCAGAAACAUAGUCAAAAAUGUAUUUUUAAAAAAUCCAUUCAUGGCCUGAUUUUUCAGUAUUUUAGCAUUUCAUUAAAUUAAAUAUAAAACCACAGAAGUGGUUCACUGUUUAUUGUGGAAAAUAAAUAAAAUGGCUGUAUUUGUGUUGUAGACCUUGCGACUCCUGGUUCCUAUCACCACCACUGUAAAGGAGUUUCACAUCAAACCACUCUGAAUGACUGUUUACAUCUCAGCAAUUGAAUUAUUUUUUUAAUAAUUAAUUUUUUUAUGUUUUUUUAAAAAUCAGAGGAAUUCAUCUUUUAUGCAAAAGAAAAUAUCAGUUUCUCUGCCCCUAGUUUAUUUUUUCCUCAAUCAUGACUACAUGCAGUAGUCCCCGUUCUGAGCUGACGAGUUCAUGUCGAAAAGAAAUCACUCCCUUGAAUGUGAAUGUAUCUGUAGCGUAAGUGAGAUGUGUGAUGUCAGUUGUGCACUUCUUCACUAUUUCAUGGCAGUUGGCGAACUUGAGAUGUUGAACAGCUCCAUAUGAGGGCUUACAACUUGGCUUUGCUUCUGCAAAGUUCAAAUUUCUUUCUUUUUUUUUUUUUAGAGCACUUUUAUACUCGAUGAAUGAUUACAACUACAUUGUACCUUUUCAAAUGAACUGUGAAAUGGUUGAGAGCCUUAAAAGUUUUAACGCAAUUGGUCAUCUGUUGACUGUCACAUGAAACCGUUUAUUACAUUUAUAUUAUCAGAUCCACCUAGUCCUUCUCUGCUUUGUUAGUGCAUCCAUCAUUCCAGCAUUUGUAGCUGAUAAUCCGAGGAGACACUCCAGUGUCUGAACAGCCUUUUCAUUUGUGUUCAUGUAAAUCUAAUUGUUUUUAAUUUUUGUCUGUUUUGAGGAAAAUUGAGAAUAUUGGAUAUUUAAGGGAAACGGUCACCUUCAGCCAAAGUUUUAUUUUAUGAUGAUGUAAUUAUGUGCCUUGUCUUUUGCACUGAAACAGUGAAUGUGCCUUUGCAUGAUGGGAACCUUUAAUUUUAGGUAAUCAAUAAAUGUGAAAGGAGGUUUUCUACCCAUGUGGUCACCCUGUGCCAUUUGGCCCUAUUUUUUUCAGCAAAAACAUGGAAGUUCAAACAUUAAAAUGCUAAGAAACUCUUAAAUGGGCU